AUGUCACCUUGUACGAGAAGAGAAUGUGAUUUUGGGCCAUUUGGGCGGAUGUCCAAGGAAGGAAUUGCUACAGAUCCAGAGAAGAUCAGAGUAAUUCGCCAGUGGCCUGUUCCUACUAACCUUACCGAUUUGCGUUCAUUCCUUGGUCUGACUGGGUACUACAGACAGUUUAUCGAUAAGAACGCUGAAAUUUGCAGAGCCAUUGUACAAGCUAGAGAGAAAAGAUACUAUACUUAAGUGGAGCCAAGGGUGCGAUGACGCACUCUGUACGUUAAAGCACAAAUUAACUACAGCUCCUGCCCUAGCUUGUAUAUCCACGAACAAAUUUGCUGUUCAUACUGGACACAGACGCCAGCGAUACAGGCAUCGGCGCAGUACCAUCUCAGCGAUAAGGACACGAAGAAAAAAGUUAUUUCUUAUGCAGCAAAAGCCUUGUCAAAAGCAGAGGAAAACUACAACACUACCAGAAAAGACUUACUCGCCUUAAUUUGGGGACUGGAAAAUUUCGCACCCUACCUUGUCGGCAAACAGUUCAUUGCGAGGACGGACCACAGCGCAUUAAGAUGGAUCAAGAAUUUCAAACAGCCCAAAGGGCAGGUCGUUCUGUGGAUCAAAAGACUGUCGAUCUUUGAUUUUGUAGUUGAACAUCGGCCGGGACGCAACCAUGGAAAUGCGGAUGGCAUGUCGCUCAUACCGUUGAAAGAUACCGGAGUUGUAGAUUAUAACGUAUGUAAGACGGAAACGGCUCAAGUGUUCAACAUUCCUACAGAGAACAGGUCAACUACUUGGUGUCAACCCGGAAAUUGGUCGAGCAAUAAAAUGGGUCCAGGACGGCAGCAGGCCACCUAG